UGCUGAACAGCUGCUGCUCAAACGCACAGACAAGAGUCAGCAACAGGCUGUAACACAGACCGUUAUCUCUGAACUUUGGUGUGCAGAAUGGAGUAGACCAAAACAGAAAGAAACCGAGCAAAAAACAAAGAAGCAGUAGACACCAACAGAAAGUUGUAUCUUUUUAUCUUGCACAAGUGAGGGUUCACUACAGUAUUUACAAAGCUAUUUAGACAAACUAAACUCAGGUAAUAAUUUCUCCUGCCUGAAGUGCUGAUGGCUGCGAUAGCUGGCAGUGUGUGGGUCACUGCGACUCUCUUCAUGUUUGUUCUUGGAGGCCAAGCAUUGGACCUGCUGAGAGUGAACGCAACAUCAAGGAAUCCUCCCUCCACUCCCACAGUGCAUUGCUGGUGUGCGAGCUACCCAAACUUGACUGUUUGCUCCUGGCCUGAACCCUCUCUAUCCCCAUCAACACACUACGUUGCCACUUACAGUGAGAGACACAGACAGAAGGUCACCCAGCAGUGCCAUCUCAUCCAACCCGGCUCUUCAUCCUCUGAUCUGAUUUCAGCAUCGUCACCGUCAUCUGAACGGCUCUGGCACUGCCACCUGCCCAACCUGAAGCUUCUCACUAGUUACAUCAUCAAUGUCACAGCAGUUUCUUCUGGUGGAAGCAGCUCCCAUCUAUCAAGUUUCAUGUUGGAGGAUAUAGUGAAACCAGAUCCUCCCAUAAAUGUCCGGGUUUCCCCUAAUGGUAUCAGAAACUUGUUGGUAGAAUGGUCUCCUCCCCCUAGUUGGGCUAACCUGGACAUCUUCCCCCUAAAAUACCAGAUACUGUACCAGUGCAAAAGCAGGGGCACCCCAAAGUCUUUCAAUCUGGGUCCGUAUGAGAAGACCAAAGUUGAACUGAAGGGGCUGACCCAAGGAGGGAGCUACGUGUUCCAGGUGUGUGCUAAGGAGCUGCUAGGUCUGGGCAAGUGCAGCGACUGGAGCUCACCUGUACAGAUCACCAUACCAAGAACAAAAUCAUAAAGACUCCCCCUCACUUCCUGUUUUAUUUAACCCUCUAAUUUCAAGAUAGCUUUAAGUUAAACUGAAAAACUGCUGAUAGGUGGCAUCGUUUAACUGCACAAGCAAUGCAAGCAACAGUUAUUGAUAUUUUGUUUUAUUUAUGAAGGAAUAAAUGGAUAGUAUCUGUACAGUGUACAAUCAGCAUUUCCAUUGAAAGUAGUAUUAUAUAUUAUUAUUUGUAAUGCUGUUGGUUUGUGUUGGUUGAGUGGGGUGUCUUUGGAGUAGCUGAUAAUAUAGAAACCAUACUGUAAAACAUUGUGAUUAAGUGUCAAGUGUCUGAUUUAUUAUUAUAAUUAUCAACAGUUUAUGACCCCCCCUUUGACCUCUCUAAAGACAC